AGAACCCACGGGCUCCAUCUCCUCGCCCCGCGCCCUGGAAAAGCCUCUCCUCCUGCAGCCUCUCUCUCCAGCGGCGGAAGGAGCGCAGACCAAAGCGUUUCGCUGCCGAGCCAAGAGCCACGAGUCCCUUUGUCGCGGGGCCAGCUCGGCGCAGGUUUUGGCGAGCGCAGCCGCGGCCCGGCGCGGUGACGUCCCCGAUAAGCGCUGACCCCUUAUCGCCUCAUUCCCCUUUGAUCUCGCCCCCGAGGGCUUGCGCGGCUCUGCCCGUGGCCGACGCCGAUUCCGCAGAAUCCUCCUGGAGCACAAAGAAGCCCUUGAGGCCGGGGCAGCCCGAGGUGCCAAUGGAAAGCGGAGGUCAGCAGAUAAGAGCCGGCGCUGCCUCCCGGGAUAAAAGCGGGAGCGCGGACAGCCCGGUCCGGCCGCCGCCKCCUCCCCAGGGGUCAACGUGGACUGCUCGGCACCAUGAAGGGGCUCCUGGUGGUCCUGGCGUGUCUGCAGCUCGCCCAGGGGGCGGUGAGGUGGGUGAGCUGGGCGGGAGGAGCGGGGAAAGGGCGGGUGAUGGGGCUGGAGGAUGCUGAGCGGCCGGGAAUGCGGCAACCGGCAUCGGCACGGCAGAUUCCCCAUUUUUUGCAGUCCUCCUAUUUUGGGGAGAUCAGCAUUGGGGAGCCCCCCCAGAAGUUUUCRGUGCUCUUCGACACCGGCUCCUCCAACCUGUGGGUGCCUUCCGUGGACUGCAAGAGCCCGGCCUGCUUCAACCACGCCAAAUUCAAGGCCAACGACUCUGCCACCUUCACCCCUGGUGGGCAGUCCUACACCGUGUCCUACGGCAGCGGUGCUGUCACCAUCGUUCUGGGCUCUGACACGCUCCGGAUCCAGAGCAUCACCGUCACCAACCAGGAGUUUGGGCUCAGCGAGGAUGAGCCCACGCAGCCGUUCUAUUUCGCGGAUUUCGAUGGGAUCCUGGGCCUGGCCUAUCCCUCUCUGGCCGUGGGAGGGACAGCCACGCCUCUGGAGGGGAUGCUGGAGCAGAACCAGCUGGCCGAGCCCAUCUUCAGCUUUUAUUUCUCACGACAGCCCACCUACGAGUACGGGGGAGAGCUGAUCCUGGGCGGGAUCGACCCCGGGCUCUUCCAGGGGGACCUGGUGUGGGYGCCGGUGACACAGGAGUUUUACUGGCAGGUGGCACUGGAGCAGUUUGCCAUCGGGGAGUCAGUGACCGGUUGGUGCAGCCAGGGCUGCCAGGCCAUCGUGGACACGGGGACAUUCCUGCUGACUGUGCCCCAGGACUACCUGGAGAGCAUCCUGGAGGCUCUGGGAGCACAGGAGACCAGUUAUGGGAGCAACGGCUACUGCACCCUGGGCAUCGAGGUCACCUACCUGCCCUCCCCGGACGGGCAGCCCCUCUGGAUCCUGGGCAACGUUUUCCUGAAGGAAUAUUACACCGCCUUCGACAUGGCMAACAACCGCGUGGGCUUCGCGCUGUCGGUCUAGAGGAGCGGGGCGGUGAAUUCCAGCCCUUCUCCCGGCCCGGCACGGCCGCGGCGUUCCCAGGGACAUUUCCGCUCCUUCCCGUGCCCGCACGAGUCCCCGUCCCUCGGGAUUUCUGUGUCGGUGCRUCCUCACCGCCUCCCGUAACCAAUAAACCGCAACAUCCCAAACGGUCUCUGAGCUCCUGGGUUUGUUGGGAGCGGCCCGAGGGGUCCCUGAGUGGCUCGGAGUGCCUUUCCUCCAGCGAGGUAAGUGCUGGGAGAAAAUCCGGAGCCGGGGAUAAAUUGCAGCGCUGGGAUGAAGCCCUGGGGCUGGGCAGUGCCCGCCUCAAACCAUCGGGAAAAAAAACCUCAGUGGGGAAGCCCMUGACCUUCCCUGCAGCUGGAAAAGGGUUGGAAAAGCCCCGUGGUUUAUCCAAGCAGGAAUCUGAGGUGAGUCCCGACCCCUAAACCCUGAAGCGGGGCUGCUCAGCCAGGGAAAACCGCGCUGGAAUAUCGGGAAUUGGGAACGAAGGGAACGGGGAACACCCUGGGCGGGGGGAGUUUGGGUGACCCCGCUCUUUCCCGGGAUCCAGACUCGUUUCUCGGGAAUUCUUCA